AUGAACGAUUUGGUGAGAGAUUUGCAGCUAGCUCACUGUAUUGAAACCUUUUAUACGGGUGGUUCAGUAGAAUGGAGCGCAGAUGGACGUUGUUUGUUCACAACUUGUUCGAAUGUUGUGAAGGCGUUGAAUGUUGAAGAUGCGAGCACUCGUUACAUUAUUGGUGACCCAGAAGAGUCUAGUCAUGUCACGUGCGCCCAGCGUGUACCAAAUUCGAACAGACUCAUCGUGGCCUACUCCAAUGGCCUUCUCGUUGAGUAUGCCUUACCAAUAUUGGGUGCAGUUGUACCAGAAGGCACAGAGCUGAAACCAACCCUGAUGAAACAAUGGAAGUCGACACACACGGCACCGAUAAAGAUUCUGAAAUUCUCUCCAGAUUCAGAGAUGCUCGCGACUGGAUCAGCGGACUUUGCUGUAAAGGUAUGGAAAUUGGAUUCACAGUGUUGUGUAGCGUCUCUGAAAGGCACUUCAGCAGUCACAGAAGCAUUAUUCGUGGAUGCGGAUCGUAUCCUUAUAGGUUACAUGGAUGGAAUGAAAUUUUGUGUCGCUUUUAUGCUUGACGGCGUGAAUGUGCCGCUGGAUCCAGCCAGUCAAAUAGUCUCGUUGUUGCUAUUGAACGCAACAACAGCAGCAACGAUCAGUCGAGAUCAGACGAUAGCAUUGGUGAAUGUGGAGACAAAUGAGAAAAUGAAAACUUUGCCGUUGUUCGAGCCUGUCGAAUCGGCAGUGCUCAUGGAUGAUGGAACGAUGUUGACGGUCGGCGAAGAGGGUAUCCUUAAGAGUUGGCAACCAAUGACGGGAAAGUUGUUGAAAUCGACGACCAUUUGCAGGUGUCGUAUCGACCAAAUUCUGCGAAAUCCUAUUUGUGGUGAGCUGUUGCUGAUAAGUUGUGAGUCGAAUUUGUAUAUAUUGGAUGAGCGAACGUUCGAAGUGAAACGUGAAAUGGUCGGUUUCAAUGACGAAAUAUUCGAUUUGGAGUUCGUUGGUUCCAAAAGCGCGGAACAGAAAUAUAUGAUGGUUGCGGCGAAUAGUCCUGAGAUACGAAUGUAUAGCACACAAACCUGGGAAUGCCAUCUUAUUUCUGGUCAUACUGAAAGUAUUUUGUCGGUCAUAAGUGCCCCGUGGGAUACGAGCGUAUUUGCGACGUCGUCAAAAGACAACUCGUUUAUUGUAUGGAAAUUAGACGAAGGCGACAGGAAGACACCAGUUCCACGAAAGAUUGCCUUAGCGACAGGCCAUACGAACAAUGUAACGGCGAUACGUUUUUCGAAUACGUCGAAAAAGCAUUUCAUCGUGUCUGUCUCAAAUGAUACAACUCUUAAACUGUGGUCGCUAGCAGACGUUGGUACGUCGGAUUCUGAAUGUGUAAAACUGAGUGCGGCGUCAACGCUUGUGGCGCAUUCGAAAGAUGUGACUUGUGUGGACGUGAGUGCGAAUGAUCGUUUGUGUGUGACGGGUUCAAUGGACAAAACAGCGAAACUCUGGCAUAUUGACCGGGCGAAAAUGCAGCUGGGUAUUGCUGGAACGUUGAGUGGACAUCGGCGAGGUGUAUGGGAUGCUAAAUUCUCAUCCACCACUCAGGUAAUUGCAACAUGCAGCGGUGAUUGUAUGGUACGUGUGUUCUCAAUAGGUACGAAAGAGUGUUUGGCAACGUUGAGUGGUCACCCGUCAGCUGUCCUCAAGGCCAUUUUCUUGAAUAACGACAAACAGUUGUUGUCGGCGGAUAGUGGAGGUUUGUUGAAAAUAUGGUCGUUGUCGGGGAAAGAUUGUGUGUCAACAGUCGAGGCGCAUGAUGACAAAAUAUGGACGGUUCUGGGUUAUGAGGAUGAAAGCCGUUUCGUUACUGCUGGUAGUGAUGGCCGUAUCCGAAUAUGGGAAGAUGUAACCGAGAAGAAACGAGAAGAAGAAGAGCUGAAGCGGACGCAGCAAAUUAAAGACGAACAGAAACUGUCAAAUCUGAUCGAACAAGGCAGAUAUGCUGAAGCACUAUCCUUCUCACUUACAUUGUCGAGGCCUUACAACUGUUUGCAAGUAGUGAACGCUAUGUUGAAUCAAGAAGAUGAUAGCGAGUUGCGAAAGGCAAUAUGUGAUCUCCUUGAAGAGCAACUUGUGAUACUGCUUGAUUUCGCUUCUCAAUGGAACACGAAUAGUCGAACUUCAUCGGCGAGUCAGAAGGUGCUAAACGCAGUUUUGCGUACGUUUACACCUGAGCGCUUACUGAAAAUGCCAAACUUUGCGGCCGUUGUCGAGUCGUUUAUACCGUACACGAACAGGCACUUCGAACGUCUCACAAAAUCUCGUCAAAACGCAGCAUUUCUUCAUUACACAUGGUCACAAAUGAGGCUGUCAGAGGAGAAUUUCGUGCAGCGGACAUAA